GUUCUCCGAACGGCUCAAAAAAUUCUCGUCAUCCUCGUCGAACAGACGGAGAUUUUUGUGUGCUUCGGUCGUAAGUUUAGUGCAAUUUUGCAUCGAAAUCCAAUUAGCUGCAGGUUAUCUUCGAUUACCACCAGUAAGCGGAAGUGCUACAGUUCUCCGAACCACGUAGGAAACGAUGGCCGUGAAAGCAAUCAACGACGAGGCGCACUUCCAAGCCGAACUGGCUGCCGCCGGAGGAAAGUUGGUCGUGGUGGAUUUUACCGCAACUUGGUGUGGACCAUGCCGUAACAUUGCGCCCCUGUUUGAACAACUUCCGGCCAAAUACCCGAAAGCAGUUUUCCUCAAAGUGGACGUGGACAAAUGCUCGGAAACGGCUUCCUCGCAGGGAGUUUCCGCCAUGCCAACCUUUAUCUUCUAUCGGGCAAGGACGAAAAUUGACCGCAUGCAGGGAGCUGAUAUCAAUGGUCUGGAGGCAAAGAUUCAGAAGCAUUACGUGUCCAGUGUUGACGAAUCCGGAGAGGACUACGGGCAUGGCUUGUUGGACCUAGCGACAUUCAUCCAGAAGAACCAAUGCGAAUGCCUGAAUGAAUCGGAUGACCACCCGAUGACGAAUGCUCUCAGCUCUGGUGCGGGUCAUUUGGCGUCCGACUGUGACGAACAGCUGAUCAUCUCGAUCACGUUCAAUCAGGUUGUGAAAAUCCAUUCGAUCAAAAUCAAGGCCCCUCCGACGCAUGGACCGAAGAAUGUGCGGCUCUUCAUCAACCAACCGCGCACGAUGGAUUUCGAUAUGGCCGAAUCGCACGUCUCGGUGCAGGAUCUGGUCGUGGACCAGAAGGAUCUGGAAUCGGGUGCACCCAUUCAGUUGCGCUUCGUCAAGUUCCAGAACGUGCAGAACAUUCAGCUGUUCGUGAAGGACAAUCAGUCGGGCGAAGAGACAACAAUUAUCGAUCACUUGGCCUUCAUCGGGUCACCGAUUGCAACGACGAAGAUGGACGACUUCCAGCGGGUGGCCGGUAAGAAGGGCGAGAGCCAUUGAGAGGUGACCAUUAUUCUGGUCAGUCUUGUUCGGGAGAAACUACUACAGAUGAUGAAAGAUGAUGUAGGUACUCAUGUGGGUUUGAUUGAGUGGAAUCGGUUCUCGGAUAAAGUCUUGUUUGCUUUUUUAUAAAUUAUUAAAUUACAUCAAGAAUACCAAUUACA